UUUUUUUUGCAGACGUAUCCAGCAACUAGUCAGUGCUAAAAUAGAGCACACUUCUACAAACAUCUAUCAUCUACAAUGCUGAAAAUGCCUACAAAUGAAAUAUCAGAAGGUUGGAGUAUGUGUACUGGUGCAAGGAGAACGUGUUGUUGAGCAUGGAUAGAGAUUUACUCAAGCAGUCCGUGGCGUUUCAUGGACAGACCCUGUUUUCUCUUUUAAAAUGUGAACAAAGUGAAAAUCCAGACUUUAAACAUGUUACAGCUGAUCUCGCCAAAUCUGUGAACCAGAGGGAUAAAGAAGAUGACAGUCCUGUUGUGGAACAGUUUAUUGCAAGGAAAGCAGACCUUCUGUUUGCUCCGGCAUGGAAAUCAACCACACCUGGAGAAGAGGAGUGGCAGGAAGAGUCACAAGAACCAUAUGCCAUCAUGCCUCCAUUGGAACAAUUCAUGGAUGUUUCUUAUAACGAGAGGAGAGAACUUUUCUACAGAGAUGUCGAGCGAGGCGAUGUAGUCAUCGGCAGAAUUACGUCAAUCCGAGAUUUCGGGUUCUUUGUUAAUCUUCUCUGCACCGCUGGGGGAAUGGAGAGGGACGUAGAAGAUCUGGAGAUCAUGGGUCUGUGUCCAAUCAGAGAUGUCCCAUCAACCGGAAAUCAUGAUGAUCCUUUGUCUUAUUUCCAGAUUGGGGAUUUGAUCAGAGCUGGUGUGAAGGACAUUGACCGCUAUCAUGAGAAGCUGACAAUCUCACUUUAUCCCACCUCUCUGGCCUUGAACAUGGAGCGAACCAAAUUGGGUGUAAUAAGCAAAGAAGAGUUACCUCUUCACUACACUCGUGGUGAACAGGUGACUACAGACAGCAGAGAGUCAUACGAGAUGUUACUCCAGAGUUCACUCGGCUUCUCUAACCCGUCCAGUGUUGACUAUUUGCUCGGCAUGCUGGGAAUCGGUGACACACAGUCUCACUCACUAAUGAGAGGAUUACAGAGUAAACAUUUCAUGGAAGAUGAUUUUGCAAGUGCAAUUCGGAAGAAGCAGUCUGCUUCCUGGGCAUUGAAAUGUGUGAAAGCUGGUGUGAAUCAUUUCAAAUCAGGCCGCCAUGUAGAAGCAAUGAAUGAGUACAACAAGGCUUUAGAGAUCGACACCAAUAAUGUCGAGGCUCUUGUAGCACGUGGCGCUCUAUAUGCCACUAAAGGCAGCUUGGUGAAAGCUAUCAGUGACUUUGAGCUAGCUUUGGAAAGCUGCCCAACACACAGGAACGCUAAGAAAUAUCUGUGCCAAACACUGGUGGAACGAGGUGGCCAGCUGGAAGAAGAGGAAAAGCUGAUUACAGCAGAAGGGCUUUAUAAGAAAGCAAUAGCUUUAGAUGACACGUUUCAUGAAGCGAAGGAAGCGCUGAGGAAGCUGCAGAUGCACAUCCAGAAAACUCUUAAACUGAAAGCCGAAGAGGCUGCAAAGGAGAAGGAAAAGCAACCAACUGCGGAGACGAGCGCAGAAAAAUUACGUAAGAUCUUAAAAGAAGAAAAAAGGAUGAAAAAGAAAAGGAAGAGGUAUGACUCCACGUCAGAGACGUCCUCAAGCUCUGAUUCCUCCAGUGAUGACUUGUCCAGUCGCAAAAAACCCAAAAAGCGAAAGCACAAACGUAGACGCUCCUCACACAGUGGUAAAAAACACAAGCAAAGGGUUUCGUCACGUGAUGAGGAGGAGCACUACCCUGUUCCUGCUAACACCUCAGCAUCCUUCAUUAAUGAGAAACAAACCCUCAUUAAACUGCUGGAUGGAGAGAACAGAGCCGAAAACCGAAGACUCUCUCAUGAAAAAAGCAGAGAAGGUAGGUUUGAAGACGACCCCUUCACCCGGAGCCCUGAGACUGAGGACAGGAAGGUCAAGGGUCAACAUGAGUGCUUCAGCGGAUUAAAUGGCCGGGACAAAGACACAUACAGCGAUCGCAGAAGAUCUGAAGAUGAACACAGCACUCAACUGGAAAGUUGUAGAAGUGCACGCAUCACUUCCUGUAGGAAGGAUUCCUCCUCCUCUGCCUAUUCAGAAACCUCACGCAAAUCUGACUCGCGCGAUUUCGACUCUCGCAAAUCCAGCUCUCGCACAUCUGACUCGCGCAAUUCUCACUCGUCUGACUCUCGUAGAUCAGACUCUUAUAAAUCUGGAAGCCAUGGGAGGUCAGAGGUCAGGGAAGGGAAUGAUCAUCAAAUUAGCUACAGUGAUGUGAGCAAAGCCUGGGAGGGAAACCAGAAAAAGAAGGUACCCACCAAUUUACUGGAUAUCUUUAAUCAGAUUGCUGAAUUUGAGAGAGAAAGAAAGAAGAAAUGAAUAUAAUGCAAUUUUCUGUGUUGUCGCAAUCGCUUCCUGCCUUGAAGAAACAAAUAGAGAUGGAGUGAUUAACAUGAGAACCCAGACCUGCCAACCUUUACCUUACAUUGCAUAGGAAUAUGCUGAUACACAUUAUCACUUAAAAAUACAUAAAAAUUACACAUUAUAGAGUCUUCUUCACAUUUUCCCACAUGAAAGAUGUCCUCACUGUCUGUCAUGGUAAAAGGAGAAUGUUUUGAGUUCAUUAACUUGAAAUAAAUUCAGUGUCUGUUCACUUAGUUCACAUUAGACAUGUAUAUAAUAAGUUAAACAGUUUAACAGUUAGUAUAACAGUUAAAUGUGUUUGUUAUAUAUUAAAUAUAAUAAAGGAAUGUAUUAAAGGAAAGUGAUUUGGAUGAAAGAGGAAGAAAACUUUAGACAACAAAUUUGAAAAUGAAUCAUUUUGGAAAAUAUAUGGGACAAAGCAUUAUUACUCUUCGAGGUUGGCAGGUCUGGAUACACUGAUGCCUUGUAAUAAACAAACAUGAUGAUACCAUGUGUUAAUGUAGCAAUUAUCACUUCUUUAUACCUUAUUGUUUAUUUUCUAAAAUGAAAUGCUUCCUUGACAAAAAAAAAAAAAAAAAAAAAACAGCACAAAAAUCUUUGUAGUUAAAAACUUUAUCAAAGUGGUUCAUGGUUCUGGGUUUAAAACGACAGUCAGUACAUUUCAGUACAUUCAUGGAUGAGGUUUGUUGCCAAUUUUUCUCUAUAGAGGGCUAUAAACUGCAGAAUGUAAUCAGGUGUGGAAAUGUACGGAUUGUAGUUUAGCUAAUAAUUAGAUGUACAUCUGUCUAUUUUUAGGGCUUUCACUCUGAUGCUUUUUGUUUCUCAAUCAGUCUGAUUAAUGUUUUAGGAAUGUGUGUACAACAUGUAAACCAAUAUAUCCAAGCAUCUCCUAAUAAACUGAUGGUUAAAGCAAAAGUAAUUUGCUUAAUCUUGUAUAAUUUGUGUAGCCAGUAUUUAUACCUGAAUUUAGAUAUGCAUCAUGCUAAACUGGUGGCUGUAAUCUUUUUUGUUUACUGUUAGCUUUGUAGCUUUAAUGCAAAACUAAAAAAAAAAAAAAAAAACCCAAAAACCAACAGCUUAAUACUAUACAGUAUGGUGAUUACAUGGAAAUGGUGUCUAGUUUUUGGCAUUUUAUCAUUUAUCAUUUAUAAGCGACAUCAAAAAAGUAAUUGUUUUUUCAAGUUAAUAGUUUUCUUCUAGACCUACUGUAGCUUGUACUUCAAGAUGUUUACAGUAAAUUUAAUAUUAGCUUCAUCUGUUGUCACGUUUCUGUGUGCAUCAUUAUUUUUUAUAAUAAAAGCAGCAGUUUUCA